GUUUAGGAAACAUGCCUCUCCAAUGCAUCGAUCAACCCUUCCACUGCCUCUUCCUCCACUCACUGCCCUGUGCCGGGUGAUACACACAUCCUUCGCUCCAGGGUUCUAGUCUGGAAAAACACGUACAUAUUGCCCCUCUGGUCGCAUUUAUGGCUUUCCCUGUAGACCUCAGCGUGACUGAUGAUUGUCGGAAGCUCAUACCAUCAUGUUCAGAACAUUCGUAUCACUACAAUCUUCUCCAGAAGAGUGCAUGUCUGGUGCACUCCGCACUCGUACAAGAUCCACCUCUAUUGGCAUCGAAGAACCGCUAGCCACACAUCACAUCCUCAGCAAUCCAAAAAACGUCCACGUACUAGAAAUUCAACAAAAAGGCCGAACGGCGCUAUGGUGCCAAACCAGCAGACCAAUGAUCGGAAGUCCCAUCCUGAUCCUCACCACUCCCAAAGUCGACGGUGAAGCAAUCGUAGCAGCAGCCAAGCUCAAACCCAGCACCGGCAGCUGUAAAGUCAUGCUAGGCGACCCCAGCAGAAUCAAACAAACUUGGACGCCCAUCAAUAGCUCUUCUUCUUCAACCUCCUCCUCCGAGCUUCUCUCCUUCACUUAUGAAGGUCACAAGUAUAUCUGGCGAAAGAGACCACUCAUCGAACCCACCAACGACGAAGACGACGACAUGCAGCAAAACGACAUCGAACUCGUGACCUCCAGCGACCGCGAGACGGUACUGGCAGCAUAUCUCCCUUUACGAAAAGCCGUCAGUCUGGAGCAAAUCGGUCGGCUGGACUACAUGGUAGAUCUGGGUCCUAAGCUGGAGUUGAUGUGUUUGGCGAUGGUGUUGGCGGCGCAUCAGAUGGCGGUGAUGAUGGGAGGGAAGAAGAGGAGGUCGGCGAUGAGGUUUCAGAUGAUGCGGUUGGGAGAUGGCGUGAGUUGAAGGUUGGUGUGUGUGCUGAAAAUGGUGCUGAUGUGUUGUAUUUGAUUCUUUGUGGAUAUGUAAUAUGUGUGUAUAUACUUACCUUGCUUGCUUGCUUUCUUGCUGCGUGCUUCUUGAACCGCCCGCGAGCACUCUUCAGGAAUCCUCGUCAGUGUAUGACGGGGUUGUAACCAUUCGUCGAUGGACCUGGAAGAAAUCUAUCACAACGGAGGCAUUGCAUCACGACAGACUUCCUGGCUUGUCUUCCAACGUUCGUAUCUCUAGUUCGACAUUCACUCUCUGUGAAGAACAGGUCGAUCUUUCUGGGAUCCGAAGUCGCUCUUCUAGCCAAUCACGUCGAUGAGCGAUAAUCUCGUCUCUGAGAUGUAUGAUUCCGGCGUCGGUCGUCUGGGAUAUCAGGUCACGAAGACGCGGCACGGAUGCAAUUACCUGCGAGCGUCGUUCCAUUCGAAAUGCGGCGAUUAUCUUCUGGAGUGUCGGGUACUUACUGGAGGUUGAACCAACGUUGUCUCGAUAACCAUAAGAGCUGAGCUUAGGCGUGGAGGGUAA